CAAGUACCCCAAAUAUCUAAGCCUUGUUUGCUUUUUCUAGUGUUAGCUUUUUAUGUUAUGUGAGGCCCUUCCUCUCAUUCUCUUUUGACUUUCUCAAAUGGCCUUUGCAAGUGUCGUAGCCAUUGUCGCAUUUCUUCUUCUACAACCUCUUUCAGCUACUUCUGACCUCCUUUCUCCUCUGCUUUCUCCCAUCUUUGAUGAUGUAUGCAAAGAAGUGGAAUGUGGAAAAGGAACAUGUAAACCUUCCAAGAACAGCACUUUCUUCUUUGAAUGCGAGUGCCACCCGGGUUGGAAGAGAGCUCCUUCAAAUGAUAAGAUGGGUUUGAAGUUUCUUCCUUGCAUAGUUCCCAAUUGUACAUUGGACUACUCUUGCUCCAAAGCCCCUGCCCCUGUUCAAGAAAAGUCAACAAAAUCCAAUGAGUCGAUUUUUGAUGCUUGCCACUGGAUUGAUUGUGGUGGUGGCUCAUGCAACAAGACAUCCAAGUUCUCCUAUAGUUGUGAGUGUGAUGUAGGCUAUGACAACCUCCUAAAUGUCACUACCUUCCCUUGCUUCAGAGAAUGUUCUCUUGGCUUGGGUUGCUCUGAACUUGGAAUAUCAGUGAAAAACUCAUCUACUUCUGCACCACCGACUUUGAAUGAUAACAGCAAGAAUGAAGGUAGCUCAAUUCUACAAGGAAAUUCCCUUCGGCUGGUCAUGCUAAUUAUGUUCGUGGCAAAGCUCCAUUUGCAAAUAGGAUAAGUGUUGGAUGGUCUUAGCAGCAUCUCAUUUUAUUGUAUUAAUUUACUGGUGUUCAUAUAAAUAAAAAUAAGGCAUCACAUCAGGGUUUUAAUACAUGACAGUUUUGGUUAUUAUAUAUUUCACGAUUUGUCCUUUUUUUUCGUUAAACAAUUAUUUCAGGGUAUAUUAAUGUGAUGAUCGAGGGUCUUGUAGCUUUUGUGCU